AUGUCCGCCGCCGUGGCCCCAGCAGUCUCAACGAACCUCCCAACUAAUACUUCUGCGCAUAAUUCGCCAAUGGAUGCGAAAAAGCCCAGUAUCAAAAUGGAUAACGAAACAUCAUCAGACACUAAAGAUCAAAAGCCAGACGGCGAACCCCAAAACUCAUUAGCACCUCCUCCGCGACCUAACCCAUCCGCUCCCACCGACACACCUGACUACUUCAACUCCGUUCAUAAUCCUUUUUCCUACGAGCCGAACCCUUUUGAACAAUCAUUCAGCGGGGGCUCUGGCGAGACACCGGGGAAGUCGAUCCUUCCUCCCGUCGCAUCAAUAACCUCUCCUGCCCUGCCCGGCACUAGUUCUGCUGGGGGAGCGUACAACUGGUCCAACUCCUUGCGCUCGGGCCCCCUAAGUCCGGCUAUGCUUGCGGGACCUGCUGGUGGGAGUGACUACUUCGACAGUAUUGGAAGAGGCUUUCCAACACCAAAUGAAUCGUCGCUUCGCACUGGCUUAACACCUGGUGGCGGAGGUUCUAUGUUUCCGGCACCAAGUCCGAACUCCCAAGCUCUGAUAGCCCAGCUUCAAAACGGAGGCGCGACACCCUCCACUAUUGAGUUUCAUCGUACAGCCUUGAACGUAGCGAAGAAGAACGGCGGCGCGCCAACUUCGAAUCCAACUGGCGAAAACGACCAACUGCCCCAAAGUGUUACAACAACUAUGGAUAUGAAAGCCGCCCAGCCCGCUGCGGUUGAUCCGUUUGGCCACCAUGACGCAGCCGAUGCUGCUAAUGGGCUGUUCAUGUUAGCUAAAGGCGGACAAUCGACAACGAAUCAGUUUGCCGCCGUUCCCAACCAGUCCGCAAUCCCACCUCAAACUCUUCAGGCCAACAUGGGCGACCAAAAUGCCAACCGACGUCAAUCAGUGAAUGUAAAUGGUGUAGCAAAUACGACGCGGGAAGCCAGCGGCGAUGUUUCAGAUAUGCAGAACGAACAGGCCAAGCCUGCUGCCAAAGGCCGAGGCAAGAGAAACGCGCCUACAAAGGGCUCAGGUACAGCAGGGAACAGACGCAAGACGGAAAGUUCCAACCAGGGAUCAAAUAAGAGGACGAAACUCAACAACGAAUCGGUUAGCACCGAAUCGCCAUCCGAGGACGAAUCGGACGACGAUGACCAGCAGCCCUCACAGAAGAAGAAAGGAGGCGAGUCGAAGAAAAUGACUGACGAAGAGAAGAGGAAGAACUUCCUCGAAAGAAAUAGAGUUGCGGCGCUCAAAUGUCGACAACGGAAAAAGCAGUGGCUUGCCAACCUUCAGGCCAAGGUUGAGCUAUUCACAUCAGAGAAUGACGCACUUACGACAACAGUUACUCAGUUGCGGGAGGAAAUUGUAAAUUUGAAGACAUUGUUGCUUGCACACAAGGAUUGUCCGGUUUCACAGGCGCAGGGGCUUAUCUGGAAUCCAAACCCACCAUACACUUGA